GCAUCGUUUGCCGUUUCCGCCGGGGUCUUUUCUCAUCGCGUCUCGUGGCGAGUGGAUCGUUGAAUUGAAUCCACAUCAAUCCACUAAUUAAAAACUCUAGUUAGUGAUAAAAAAUGAGUGAAACACUGCAGCUGAAGGGUACCCUUCGUGGGCACAAUGGAUGGGUCACGCAAAUUGCGACAAAUCCUAAAUAUCCGGACAUGAUUCUCUCGUCCUCACGUGACAAGACCCUCAUCGUCUGGAAGUUGACUCGUGACGAGACGAACUACGGUAUUCCCCAGAAGCGUCUGUAUGGUCAUUCCCACUUUAUUAGUGACGUGGUUCUCUCCUCCGAUGGAAAUUACGCCCUCUCAGGUUCCUGGGACAAGACCCUCCGGCUCUGGGAUCUCGCAGCUGGACGCACCACCAGGAGGUUCGAAGACCAUACCAAGGAUGUUCUGAGUGUCGCCUUCUCCGUGGACAACCGUCAGAUUGUCUCUGGAUCCAGGGACAAGACUAUUAAGUUGUGGAAUACAUUGGCCGAGUGCAAAUACACAAUCCAGGAUGAAGGACACAGUGAUUGGGUCAGUUGUGUUCGUUUCUCACCGAACCAUUCUAAUCCAAUUAUUGUCUCUGCUGGUUGGGACAGAAUUGUCAAGGUAUGGAACCUGACCAAUUGUCGUCUAAAGAUCAACCACAGUGGACACACUGGAUACUUGAACACCGUCACUGUUUCUCCUGACGGUUCUCUGUGUGCAUCCGGUGGAAAGGAUUGCAAAGCCAUGCUCUGGGACUUGAACGAUGGCAAGCACCUCCACACCUUGGACCACAAUGAUAUUAUCACAGCCCUGUGCUUCAGUCCAAACCGCUACUGGCUGUGCGCAGCCUUCGGGCCCUGGAUCAAGAUCUGGGACUUGGAGAGCAAAGAGAUGGUUGAGGAACUGAAACCUGAGGUUGUCUCGACGACGAGCAAGGCUGAGCCACCUCAGUGUCUCUCCUUGGCCUGGUCCACAGAUGGACAGACCCUCUUCGCUGGUUACUCUGACCACACAAUUCGUGUCUGGCAGGUGUCAGUUACUAGCCGUUAAAUCGCUUCAUUUUGAAAAUGAAAAGACAAAAUAAAAAUCGAAAAAUCAUUUAAAA